GGAUGGAAAAGGAUUGAGUAAACAUGUAAAUGAUGUGAUUGCACCUGUGGAAGGGUUGAAUUUUGAGGGAAUGAGAGAAAUGUCCACCUAUUUUCCCUGCCUUCUCCUAAAACACUCUUUCCAGUAAUCUCUGUGUCCUACCAUUAUAAUAUCAUUCUUUUAGUCAGGAUAAUUGGAUAGGUUCAUGGUAAAGAGAAAACUAGGUAAAGGUGGAUUUGGUCAGGUGUUUGUUAGACGACGUGUUAAUGGUGGAAAUGAACGUGUAACCGGUUCUGCUGCCAUGGAGGUUGCUCUGAAAUUUGAGCAUAGAAACAGCAAAGGAUGUAAAGAUGGUCCUCCGUAUGAAUGGCAAGUUUACAAUGCUCUUGGUGGCAGUCAUGGAGUUCACAAAGUACACUACAAAGGGAAGCAAGGAGACUAUGAUGUGAUGUUAUUAGGCCGUUGCCGGUUGGGGAGCUAUGUUCAGGCGCGGAGGCAGAAGUUUUUUUCAACGUGUCAAAAUUAAAUCUUAAUUUUUAAUUUUAUGAUAAUAAAAAUAUAAUUUCACCA